AUGCCUAGGGAUACAAAGCUUUAUGAUGUAUUAGGGGUAAAGCCUGGUGCUACAAUGGAAGAGAUUGAUGAUGCAUAUACAGAAGCUAAGAGAGUGUACCAUCCCGAUAAGAAGACAGGGAGUAAUGAGAAAUUCUAUGCUGCCAAAGAUACCUAUGAUGUUUUAUCAAAUGCCGGGAGAAGACUGCAAUACGAUGAUCGCGGGUUUGAGUACCUAGGUUUCACUUGGGAACCUUUUCAAAGAACUAAUUCAACAUCGUCAACAAAUAGUGGAAAUAGCAUUCCUAUUAAUCGUACUACAAGUUCUUCAAGUACUAAUUCCCAAUCAAACAAUCCACCAAACUUCACUAGAAAUGAUAGCACUAGUUCCCAAAAUGCCAAUAAUAAUCAUAACACUUAUUCCAAUGGCAAUGCACCUUAUAAAAACGGUAACAAUAACAGUACCACUAAUUAUAACCAAAGAACCAAUCAAGAAUGGCUUAGCAGUAGUUAUAAGGCUAAUAACUUCAACGGAACUCCCAAUAGUCCCAAUUUUGUUGAAGAUGAAGAGCUGAAAGUCUUUUUGAGAAUUGAAAACAAUAAUUCUAAAGCUUCCCAAGAUAGUAACAAUGACGACAGAUCUGUAACAACUUCAGUAAAUGGGACUAAAAAGGAACCUAAGAUGGAAACAGUGGUGAAUAUUAGAGUGACUUUAGAAAACUUGUUAGAAGGGUUUAAGAUUGUACCUAUGCAGAUAAAAAAUGAGUAUGGAGACCAAGUAAGACUGUCAGUAAGAGUUCCUCUUCAAGGAAAUGCAAAAUCGGGAGAUGUAGUGAAGGUAGAAGGUUGUGGUCAUUAUAUAAAGACUUCCGGUACCAAUCAGACCAUAUUAUUUAGAUUAAAAGUACAGGAACAUGAAAGAUUUACCAGAAAUGAAAAUAAUCUAUGUAAUUUGAUUUUAAAGCAGAAGAUAAGAUUAUCGUUUAAACAAUCAAUAAUUGGAUUCACCGUUUCAUUUAUAAGUCUUGAUGGGACUAUAGUGAGUAUUGAUAAACUGCAGCCACUUUUGAAUGGUCAGAAAAUGAUUGUUAAAAACCAUGGAUUACCACAGAAAAAUGCAACAGACCAUAAUGGUACAGUUGAAGUUGCUUUUGCGGUCGAAUAUCCUAACUUAGAUGAAUUUCAAAAGAAGGAGCUUGCUAAGAAGCUUGACAAACUUGGUAUUAGAUAA